AUGGAGCUCCGUCCACUCCGUGUGAUGAUCUUGCUUAUUUCACUUAUCCGAGUCGGACAAGCUCAAGUGUUUAAACCAGUUCUGUCUGUGGAGCCGAAUUCACCUCAAAUAUUCAGAGGAGAGACGGUUACACUCACAUGUAGGAUUUCAGGAGGAAAUGGACCGUACUACUGGUACAAAGAUGGUGUUUAUAGUCACGGUUCUGCUGAAAAUUACUACACUAUAAAAGUAGAUCAGAGUCACAGAUACAGAUGUUACGGGUUUAUUGAUGGAUGGUUCAUGACAUGGAGUAAUGAAGUGACUCUCUCAGUGAUAGAGAGACCAAAAGCCGUUCUGACUCUGCAGCCUGAUGGACAGAUAUUCAGUGGACAGGAAGUCACUUUCACAUGUGAAAUACGAGGACAUGCAGACACUGAGUGGAUGUACAACUGGAAUAAAGAUGGUGUCCAAAUAUCCUUCUACACUGAGAGCAGGAAAUAUUCAUUCACUCCUGUAGAGUCUCUCAGCGCUAAAUACACCUGCAGCGGACGGAGAAGAAGCGACUCUCAGACCUCAGAGACCAGCAACACUGUUACACUCACUGUGUCAGAAAAACCCAAACCGACUGUGAGAGUGAAUCCUCAGAGCUCCGUCUACACUGGAGACAGAGUUACUCUGAACUGUAAUCUGCUGUCUAAUGGAUGGACUUUUCUCUGGUACAAAGAUCGAGUCCAAGUAGCUGAAGACACCAACACACUCCAUGAUACAGUCUCUAAGGCAGGAGAAACAGUGUAUCAGUGUAAAGCACGCAGAGGAAACUACGACUCAGAGCUCAGUGAUACAGUUACACUUACAGUUAGAGGUGAAUCUCCUCCAGUGUCUCUGAUCAUCAAUCCCAGCAGAACUCAACACUUUACUGCUGACUCUCUCUCACUGAGCUGUGAGGACCAGAGUGACUCUACUGGAUGGACAGUCAGAGGAUACACACACAGUGAGGCAGUGUCUGAUUGUUCAUCAAUUUCAGGAUCUACAUGUAACAUCAGCUCCCUCUCUACACCACACACUGGAGUUUACUGGUGUCAGUCUGAAUCUGGAGGACGCAGUAAUCCUGUCAACAUCACAGUGCACCAUGGUCAUGUGAUCCUGGACAGUCCUGUCCAUCCUGUGACUGAGGGACAUCCUCUGACUUUACAUUGUUUAUCUCGCAACUCAAAUACCUCAGCUUCUGGUGUUGAUUUCUAUAAAGAUGGUUCAGUCCUGCAGAACAAGACUACAGGAGAGAUGACCAUCAGUACUGUCUCAAAGUCAGAUGAAGGUUUCUACCACUGUAAACACCCCGAGAGAGGAGAGUCACCCAAAAGCUGGGUUUCAGUCAGAGAUGGAAAAGCUGCACUGUCGGUACUGAAGCUCCUCAGCAGUGCAGUAGCGGCCUCUCCGUAUGUGCUGGUGACCAUCAUUAUGGCAGUGAAAUGUUACAGAGCUCGAACUGACCCUGAUGAGGACAACAGACCGUAAGUGAUAGAAGCUGAAGCGUCUGUCUGA